CUAACUAUUGGGAAAUCGAGGAAGCAUAUUGAUUUUAUUUCAUCAAAAGAGAGAUUGAAUAAAGAAUGAGAGUUACAUUUAUGGGAGAGUCCGGGAGAGGAGUCGCCGGAGGAGCAAAGCCAUUCAUGGGCGCAAGGAUGCUGCUGUGCCACUCCCUCUUGACGGUACUGCUCAUUGCCGUGACGGCAUCGCCAUUCAACAACACGCGGCCUGGCUGCCCGGCGACUUGCGGCGACGUUAGCAUCCCCUACCCAUUCGGCAUCGGCCCGGAUUGCUCCCUUCCUGGCUUCAACCUCAGCUGCAAUGACAAUGCCAGUGGCGUUAAAAAACCUUUCAUCUACAACGUGGAGCUCAUCAACAUAUCCUUGCUGCCGGCCCAGGCUCGCGUCUACAAUUACAUAUCCUGGCAAUGCUACAACCACACGUCCAACGACAUGUCGUACAGUACAUGGAGACUAAACUUCACCGCCUACCCAUACCGGUUCUCCGAUGCCGAUAACAAGUUCACAGUUGUCGGCUGCCACACCCUCGCGUACAUCACUGGGCAGAACCAGAAAGAUAGCUACGCGGGCGGAUGCGUAACGGUCUGCGGCAGCAGUGAGAGCCUGACAAACGGGUCAUGCUCCGGCAUCGGCUGCUGCCAGACAUCCAUCCCCAAGGGAAUCAACUAUUAUAAAGUCUCCUUCAAUCGCAACUUCAACAACUCCCGGGUGUGGAAAUUCAAUCCCUGCAGCUACGCCGUUCUGGCCGAAGCCGACUGGUUCAAGUUCAGCACGACUUACAUUAAGACCCGCCAGCUCAAUGAGACGAACGGAGGGCGGGCGCCCAUUGUGCUGGACUGGGCCAUCGGCAACGAGACGUGCGAGGUCGCAAAGCGCAACACAACCUCCUAUGCGUGCCUCAGCGAGCACAGUGACUGCUUUAACUCCUCCAAUGGCCCAGGAUAUAUUUGCAACUGCUCCAGGGGCUACCAAGGCAACGCCUAUCUUCCCAAUGGAUGUCAAGAUAUUGACGAGUGCACUCUCAAAGACGAGUAUCCAUGCCAUGGGACCUGUACCAACAUACCUGGGGAUUACAAUUGUACAUGUCCGCCUGGCACGAAUGGCGACGCGAAAAAAGGAACCUGCCAGGGAAGCCGCAGCAAUCCUUUCUCAUCAGUGAAAUUGGUUAUAGGCAUUGUCACUAGCACCAGCUUUGCCCUUCUACUAUUACUAUGCAUUGUCCUUUCUCUGGUACGUGAAAAAAGAAAACUUAUGAGGAUAAAAGAGGAAUACUUUCGGCGACAUGGAGGGCGGUUGCUACUAGAAGAGAUAAAGUCGAAGCAAGGUCUUGCAUUUAAGGUAUAUACAAAAGGAGAGCUAGAGCAGGCAACAAACAACUUUGAUAAGAACCGAAUUCUUGGAGGUGGAGGCCAUGGAACUGUCUAUAAGGGAAUACUGAAUGACAACCAUGCAGUUGCCAUAAAAAAAUCAAAAAUAAUUGAUGAUUACCAAAAGAAGGAAUUUGGGAAGGAGAUGGUUAUUCUUUCUCAAAUCAACCAUAAGAAUGUGGUGAAGCUCUUGGGAUGCUGUCUGGAGGUGGAAGUCCCUAUGUUGGUUUAUGAAUUUGUCUCCAAUGGAACCUUAUUCCAAUAUAUCCAUGACAGGAAUAGGACAUCCCACAUUUCAUUGGAUACCCGUUUGGAGAUUGCUUCACAGUCUGCAGAAGCUCUUGCAUAUCUACAUUCAUCAGCAUCCCCUCCAAUUAUUCACGGAGAUGUCAAGUCUUCUAACAUACUUUUAGAUGACAACCACAACGCAAAGGUGUCGGAUUUUGGAGCUUCGAUGUUGGUGCCAAAGGAUGAAACUCAGUUUGCUACACUAGUUCAGGGGACUUGCGGUUACUUGGAUCCUGAAUACCUGCAAACAUGCCAAUUAACCGAUAAAAGUGAUGUCUAUAGUUUUGGUGUUGUUCUUUUGGAGCUCCUCACCGGAAAGAAGGCUUUUUAUUUUGAAGGAUCUGAUGAAGAAAGAAGCCUCUCAUCAAGUUUUUUAUCCGCCAUGAAGGAGGAACGACUUCUACAACUUUUAGACAAUCAUAUCAAAAAUGAAGAGGAUAUGGAGUUGGUGCAAGAAAUUGCUGAGCUAGCAAGGCGAUGCCUCAAUGUUAUGGGUGAAGAUAGGCCUACAAUGAAGGAGGUUGCCGAUGACCUAGAUCGGUUAAGAAAAUUCAAGCAGCAUCCAUUUUUGCAGCAUAAUACAGAAGAGAUUGAGAACUUGCUUGGUGAGCCGUCAAGCUACACUGAAAAUGAAAUCUCUGGGUGCUACAGUAUAGAAAAGAAAGCAGCGAUGGAUAUAGAAUAUGGAAGAUGAUCUUUAUUUUUUCUCUUUAUUUUUCGAAGAAGAGUUGGAGGAUGAUCAUAUUGCAUAGAAUAAUACAAAUUUCUACCCUUAUGUACGUAUUAGAACUAUGAAGCUGAUUUAUAUGUACUUGUGCAUACGUCUGUGAGAUGUCGUAUUUCUAGUUUAUGAAAUAUGGUUAGUUUAAAUUAUA